AUGGCGAAGGCGAAGCCACGGCCGGCCGCGGCCAUCCUUCUCCUGCUCAUCUUCCUGGCCGCGGCGGCGGCGGCGGUUGGUGCUGGCUCGGACGCCGAGACGACGGGCGGCGGCGGCGGCAUGGUGGGCGUGGACGGCACGCGGUUUGCGGUGGCCGGAGGCGGAGGCAGGCCCAUCUACUUCAGCGGGUUCAACGCCUACUGGCUGAUGCUGGUGGCGUCGGACCCGGCGCGCAGGGGCAAGGUGGUGGCGGCGUUCCGCCAGGCGGCCGACCACGGGCUCAACCUCGCGCGGACCUGGGCGUUCAGCGACGGCGGGGACACGCCGCUGCAGGCGGCGCCGGGCGUCUACGACGAGGCCAUGUUCCAGGUCGCUACCGUAACCACCGUAACGUGCAAACCCAAGCGCGACGUACUUGCCGGGCUGGACUUCGUGGUCGCCGAAGCCAGGCGGCACGGCAUCUACCUCCUCCUCUGCCUCACAAACAACUUCCACGACUUCGGCGGCAAGCGGCAGUACGUGCAGUGGGCCAGGGACGCCGGCCACCGCCUCGCCACCGACGACGACUUCUUCAACAGCACCGUCGUCAAGGACUACUACAAGAACCACGUCAAGACGGUGCUGACGCGCGUGAACACCCUCACCGGCGUGGCGUACAAGGACGACGCCACCAUCCUCGGCUGGGAGCUCAUGAACGAGCCCCGCUGCGACGCCGAGCCUACCGGCGCCUUGGUACAGGCGUGGGUGGAGGAGAUGGCGCCGUACGUGAAGUCCAUCGACGGCGGCCACCUGGUGACGGCGGGGCUGGAGGGCUUCUACGGCGCCGGCGCGCACGAGAGCAAGGACCUCAACCCGUGGGGCAUCUACUACGGCACAAACUUCGUGGAGACGCACCGCGCGCGGGGCGUCGACUUCGCCACCAUCCACCUGUACCCGGACGUCUGGCUCUGGGGCUCCGCCGCCGACGCGCAGCUCGCCUUCCUCCGCAACUGGACGCGCUCCCACGCCCGCGACGCCGACCUCUACCUGCGCAAGCCGCUGCUCGUCACCGAGUACGGCAAGUUCCUCUGGGAGGGCGUCGCCGGCGCCAACCGCACCCAGCGGGACUACUUCCUGCGCCUCGUGCUCGACUCCAUCUACGCCUCCGCCGCACGGGGUGGCCCGCUCGUCGGAGGCGCGUUCUGGCAGCUGCUUGACGGCGGCAUGGACACGCUCAGGGACGGAUACGAGAUCAUACUCCCCGAGGACCGACUCGCCGCCACCAUCAUCGGGAACCACUCCCGCCAGCUGGCCCAGCUCAGCCUCAACACCGGGGAGGACGUCGAGAAAGAGGCGGCGGCGAUUCGCCGGAGGAGGAAGAGCGCACAUAGGAAUACACGUACGCAGCGUGGGUGGUCCCAGUGGUAG